AUGGCUGGAGUCUUCGACUUAGAACUCACGGAGGAUGGUGGACGGACAGAGGAGUUGUCGGAUGAAGAAUACUUUGAGGCCGACGAGACUGGACGACAACAGGAGUAUGGCGGAGAUGGAUUACCCAAUGAGGAGAUUAUGGAAACCCUGGAACUCUCUGCCCAGACAGUCAACCCAGCCAAUGUCCGUAAAAUUGGCAGGGAGAGUUUUGAGAUCGUCAGCCUCUUAGGGAAGGGUGGCUAUGGCAAGGUAUUGCUGGCCGAGAUGUUGGAUGAGAAUAGGAAGAAGUAUGAGCCUCCAAGAUUGUAUGCCAUGAAAGUCUUGAAGAAGGCAACCAUUGCCAGAAAUCAGAAAGAUACUGCACACACUAGAGCUGAGCGUAAUAUUCUUGAGGCUGUUAAGCAUCCAUUCAUUGUGGAUCUGCACUAUGCCUUCCAAACGGACGGCAAGUUGUAUCUGAUCUUGGAGUAUCUGCCAGGAGGAGAACUCUUCACACAUUUGGAGCGAGAAGGAAUCUUCAUGGAGGAUAUGGCCAGGUACUUU